AGGUAUUAUUAGUAGAGGUUCGACAUGAGGAACCGAUAUGCGCAAACGAACCACUUCAAUACAAUCCCAUUCGUAAAGGAAAGCUACGAUGUCUGACGAGCCGGGUGACACAUCGAGCACGAGUUCUACGGAAUCUCUACCCCGCGAGAAUCUUGAUGAAGCUUGUCGAGAGUCACGCCUAAACGACAUAUCGGCUACGAAUGCUGUAGAGAAGACGUAUGACCAACGGUCAUCGCAUAGCGAUUAUGAAGAUACCGGCAAAUCUAAGUUUGAUUCAAGAGAAGACAUGAAGGGUGAUGCCCUUGGCAAUAUUGAGGGAGACACAUAUGAAUCACCUUCGGCAAAUCAGGACCUUCAAUCGUUGCUAGGAAAUGAUUCAGAGGGUCUUGAGGACCUACGUGACCUUAUGCCGAACACAAGACCAAGUUCCUCUUCGUCCGGCUAUUUUUCGCCCAAUCCCAUUGGCCUCGACGUGGUUAUUGUUCAUGGCUUUUUCGGGUCACGACGAUCACCUUGCGAAAAUCCUGGAUCCGGCACUUCGAAGUGGUUGCAUGCAUGGCAGGAUCGAGACUGUAAAAUCAUGAGUUUCAGUUACGAUACUUCAGUAUUCUUAUCUGGAACUCGCGUUCGGUGGUUCAUUAGACGAUUGGCUAUCAAGCUUUUGGAUGAUCUGAAGCGUGCAAGACAGCAAUCUAGUCAGCGCACCAUUAUGUUCGUGGCUCAUGAUCUUGGAGGAAUCAUUGUGAAAGACGCAUUGACACUAUCCGGGCUGAAACCCGCAUUAUACGCUGAUGUGUUUGAUUUCACACGUCUUCUCGUUUUCUACGGUUGCCCUCAUAGAUCCUUGAGUGAUGGUGAAAUGGAGGACAGGCUGAAUAGGUUCUUAUAUCGUCCUUGUGAUUCGGACAAGCCGAAGUUGCCAUCAUUAGGACAAUCCACAAAAGCACUCGCGAGGGCAGUUAUUGACAUCAAUCAGCUCUAUAUGGAUUCAAAGCAUAACUUCCGGUCAUAUGUUUUUAGUGUUUUUACGAGUGAAGGUUCAGAUUUGGAUCAGGUCUUUGACCACUACACGAGUACUAUGGGCGUCCCAUUCGAGCUGCGUUAUGAGGGCGAGAAUGGGGGCGGUGAGCGCGGCAUUGAAAACGGUAUUGAUGAAAUAAGCUCUUUAAUCCGGGUGAACGUCAAUCUAUUAGCAAAUGAAAGAAUGCUACUAUCUGCCGCAUCCCCUCUGCUGCCACUGAAAUCUGGUCCGGGAGGUGAUCAUGUCUUCUCAUGGAUCAGCGAUAACAGCUGGUACAAGUCAUGGUAUAAUCAGAGGAAGCCCCAAUUGCUGUAUCUCCAUAGCAGUCUUGAUACACAGUUAGCGUCUGAGUUCAUCUUCUACGAUUUGGAGUAUCUGCACUUGAAAAGAAACGGUCAGGUCGUCGUCUAUUUUAGUUUUGACAAACACGACAUCAGGCGCGACAACAUCCAAGACAUGCUAGCUACCAUCCAAAUCCAAAUGCUAGGACACUUCCCAACGAUAUCGGACAUCUCUGAAGGCCAGCUUGAGCAGCAUCAGCGGGAUCGUAGCCUACACUACAAAGACCUCCUGCACUGGUUCGAACAUUAUCGACACGCCGGCGAGGUAGACGGGAUAUCAUGUGUUCUAAAUCACUUCGACGAAUGUGAGCCGAUGUCCAGGAAAUCAUUUCUCGACCAACUCCAAUACGCCUCGCAGGCUCAAGAGCGACCGUUUCGAGUCCUCGUUACUAGUCGGCAACCAAGGGUACUCUUAGAAGAGCUUUCAGAGUGGCCAGCUCUCGAUCUGGAUCAAUUAGCACCAUCUCAACCAACCCAGAUAUCCAGCAUAGCGUCAUAUGAAUCGCUCAGCUACGCAUAUUCAAAUGUUCGAGGAUUCAAAAAAGAAGUUGAAGAAGAGCUGAAAGCAAUCAGCAAGCUUGAAUCUGAUGUUCAAACCCUCAUCCUCCAGCAUGUAGUGCAAGAUGAGCGAUGGCCAUCAACUAUUUCAAUCAGACACGUCUUUGGAUCUUUGGAGGCAGUCACGAUAGAAUCCGCUGUCUCUAAAAUUUUAGAUCAGAUUCCUGACAAGCCUUUUGUUCUCCGGUCAUUGACGUUACUAUUAUAUGCAGUCCGGCCCCCUACUGUCUGGGAACUUGCAGCUAUUAACCGUCUCGCCACCACCGAAAACUCCUCUACCUUGUGCUCAAGUGUAGCGGAGACCGACAAGGUCCGUAACAAGUUACAGAUGUGGCUUGCAGGAAUUGUAAUUCUAUCACAGGCAGAGGCAUUUAUUACAACACCUCGAAUACGAGAAGCGCUUUUGGCCGAGCUAAACAACGCAACUGGUUUGUCUAGCUUGGCCGGUUGCCUCUCUCCCAACGUAGCUCAUGCAAAUAUCGCCAAAUGCUGUCUGCAGUGCCUUUCCUCUGAAACUGCACAAAUUGAGUUACAGAAUCUUUAUGAUGUCUCUCGAACUGAUCAUUCCCAGCUGGCAAUGAUUUGCGAUCGUACAAGCCUGUUAGAUUAUGCUACACAGUUUUGGGUGCAUCACCUUGCCCUCUCUUCGGACUCCGAAGGAUCUUUUCAUGAGUUAGCAACAGACCUAACAUCGUUCCAUGAUUCCGGCGCCGUAUCUUCCUGGACUAAAGCUCUCUGGGUGUUGGCAAACCCGAUGACGAGGAGUCGACAACCAACCGAGUCUUUGUACCCCAUUCUAGCUGGAGCGGGUCUAGCUAGUCUAGCAGAAGAGUGGACUCAAGCCGAGGACUUGUCUAUUGGACUAGUCGAGGCAAGCUCCAAUAGAUCCAUCCAUACUGCCUACCUCCUGUUAUCAAGAUUGAGACAUUCGGCAGAGUAUCUGCAAGAUGCACUUGUUGGUGCCGGCGCCUAUGGUGAUGAGGCUGCCUGGUUUGACCUGAUAGCUCACAUCCACGCGGAGUACCCCGACUUCCCAUGGACCACCCAGGUGGCACUAGUCUGUCGGGCAAGCUGGCUAGAUCAAGAGAAAGUCCUGAACAAGCUUUUGGACCUUGGGUGUCCGGUGGAUGAGAGCAUUCCCAACGCGCUCGGGAGCCGUACUCCGCUACGUCAAGCAGUUUAUAUGAAUAGCGUUACGAGUGCAAAGAUACUAAUAAAACGCGGCGCAGAUCCACUACAAGUUAGAUCUGACGGACGAACUCUCCUUUACACCGCAUCAUCUAUGGGGUAUGUGGAGAUGGUCAACUUACUGGCAGAGCAUGGCGCAGACCUGAAUGCCGCAUCGGAGGAGUCAAUCACGCCAAUUUAUGCCGCCUGCCUUUACGGGCAUUAUAAAGUGGUGGAGGCACUUGCAGCAUUGGGUGCAGAUCCAAACAUCAAAGUCUAUGAAAGCCAAGAUGAGCCAGCAUGGGCCCCCAUUACCUGUGCACUAUCAGAGAAGCAUACAAACUGUGCACAUGCCUUAUUGAAUGCAGGUGUAGAUCUUGUAAGUCCUGGGGUACAUGGAGUUCCUCUUUGGUAUGCAGUCAAUUUAGGGCUCCUCGGCACAUGUCGCGAUAUCCUAAAUAGGGGUUCAGACCCAAAUAAUCAUCCCGGCUCACCCCCGAUGCUUAUACAAGCAGUAACUUCAAAGGAACCCGACAAUCGCCUCGAAAUCAUCGAAUUGUUGAUAAACAAAGAAACACGUAUCAACGAUAAGGACACUUUUGAUCAGACAGCACUAUGGUGGGCAUGCCAGUCAGACCACCCUCAAACGCUAGCAAUUGUCGCAUUAUUACUUAAACACGGCGCAAACGUGAAUUCUCAAUCUCAGGAUGGAAAUGCACCACUGCAUAUUGCAGUAUCACGAGGCAAUGUCGAAUUGCUAGAACUCCUAGUUAAGACUCCUGGGGUCAACCUCGAUGUGGUCAACAUGAACGAUGCAAGGCCAAUAUCUUUAGCAUAUGACAACGAAGCGCUAGUAAGAGUCCUGCUUGAAGCUGAAGGCGACCCAAAAGUGCAACAAAAAAGCAGAAAUUAUGCCUUAGUCGCAGCAAUACGAGAAAAUCUCGUCGAGGUAGUAAAAUUGUUCAUCCAGCACAACACUCGCAUUGACCCUCCUGAUGAGGAUCGAGACAACAGUCGAUGGGAACCUAUGGAACUGGCGGCCCACUGCGGAAGAUCUGAUAUCGUAAGAAUACUUGCUGAGAGUGGCAGCGAUAUUAAUCGUCGAUUUGUUAAUAACAAGCCUCUGGUCCAUAUAGCAGUCGAUGAUGAUGCGCUGGGCGCACUUUUGGAGUUUAGGCCGAGGCUCGAUGUCCAGGACGAUAGCGGUGGUUCGCCACUACACGCUAUCAGGCGCUACACAUCUCUAGAAAACGUGAAACUGCUUGUCCGUGCUGGGCUCGACAUCAACCUCACUAAUAAAGACAACGUCACACCUCUCGUCCAAGCGUUGAGGUGGGGCAACGAAGAAGCGGCGAACUAUUUACUAUCCAAGAAAGCCAGCUUAGUCAUUACCUCUCCGGUCUAUGGCGGAGCUCUGCACGCCGCUUGCAGUACGGGUUUAGUGGACGUGGUAAGAAGGCUAAUCGAAUUGGGAGCAGAUGUCAACAUGGUAGUAUCGAGCCUUGGGGGCUCGCCACUGUCGUGUCUCUUCAACGGAUACUAUUACAACGAAGAACUGAGCGGAGAACCGAAAUCGUUACCAUCAUCGGAGGCACAGACAGAAAUUUUGGACAUGUUAAUUGCAGCUGGUGCAGAUGUUACAAUGCCAAGUGGCCUCUUCUUUGGCACGGUUAGCGGUGCUGUAGCUUGGGGCGGCAUUGAAGAACAUAUAGAGAAGAUCGCAUCCAAGGGCGCAAUCUUCUCUGCCAAAGAUGCGAUGGGUAGACAACCCCUACAUAUUGCAGCCGUCCGCGGAAACGUUAGUAUAUUUACCGCCAUUUUGGAUGCCAGCCCCGAGCUAGGUGAGAGAGACAAUUGCGGCCGCAAUAUCGUAAGCUGGGCUGCUCAGGGUGGCUGCGUCGAAAUACUUGAAAAGACGCUGGAUAUUGCUGGAGCUGAAGCUGUCAAUGAGCAGGAUAUGACGGGUUGGACGCCACUUUGCUGGGCGGCUAGAGGCGUUGGAACAACACGCACCCCUUUGGAUGACUACAGCCAAAGAAGAAUGAUUUUGACGCUUUUGGAAAGGGGGGCGGACAAAUCCAUCAAGUCAUCGAUAGAAGAUAAAGAGUAUACGCCGGAAGGCAUCGCGACAUCUCAUGGUUGCAGUGAAGAUAUCAUAGGACUUCUCUCUCUCAGCACUACGUCUUCGGUGCCCCCGAGUAACACCAAUAGGAUGUCUGAUUCUGGAGAAGUGGACGGCAUGCCGCCAAGAGGGACUAAGCUACGGAAUAAUGAAGGUAGCUGUGGUUUUUGCUUCGCUGGCUGUUGGGGGUUUAAAUAUGUUUGCAAAACGUGUGUGGUGUUUUGCCUCUGUUAUAAAUGCUAUGAGCUGAAACAUCAUAUUCACCCGUCUAGUCACGAUUUUGAGGUUAUCGGGCAAGAAUAUGAAUCCCCCAGCGAGAGCCCACCAUCACGCCGCUCGUCUCAGGCGAAUUCAACAAGCGGAGCUAGUACUUCAUCCGAGAGCGAUUCCGAGAGUGAGAGUGAAGAUGAUGGGUAAUUAAGUAUAUGGUUCUGCGGCCAAGGUUGACUAUGCUAAGCUAGCUACUUUAAUUGGACUUGUCAUUCCGUACUGCUUUCUGUAGGGAGAUUGUUUUACCGUUGAAACGUAGUCUAGUUUAGAUAAGUUCUGUGAAAGAAUACGUACAUUAAGUAUUCGUCACACUUAAUCCUGUGCCUGAAUAUCUAUGUUUCUAUGAUUUAACAGCUGCGUGAUGACUACGCUAGCUAGGUACGUUUCCGACGCUGUU